UUAUCUCCGUCACCGAUAACAAUAGGUCAAGUGCUUAAGAUAAAAGCGCAACAGUCAACAGGAAUAUUCAUCGAUAGAAUGGAACCGAUUGUCUUAGUGCACGGUGGUGCAGGUGACAUCCCAGCGUCCAGGGUGCCAUUAAAACUAUCGGGAUGUAAGAAGGCGGUUAACGACGGUUACAAGGUACUCGCGGCGCAUGGCUCCGCACUGGACGCCGUGGAAGCUGCCGUUCGCGUUAUGGAAGAUGAUCCAGCUUUUAACGCCGGCUAUGGAUCUGUGCUAAACCUUGACGGGGAAGUCGAAAUGGACGCGAGUGUAAUGGUAGGUGAUAGACUCGAAGCAGGCGCCGUUACCAUAGUUAAAGACGUUGCGCAUCCCAUCAGCCUGGCGAGACUAAUUAUGGAGAAGAGCCCUCACGUUUUGUUGGGGGCGGAUGGAGCCAAACGUUUUGCCAUUAAUCAUGGCGUACAAAUAUUGCCACCCGGGUCUUUGGUUACCGAGCAGGCGAAAGAGGCUUUAGCGUACUUUAAAAAGCAUGGAGGGGACUUCACAGAAAUUGGAUGUGAUAGGAAGAAAGGGGAAGUGGGAACGGUGGGAGCCGUCGCGAUCGAUUCUAAUGGAUUACUGGCGGUUGCUACAUCAACUGGAGGUAUUUCGGGAAAAUUACCGGGGCGGUGCAGCGAUACUUCUCAAAUUGGUGGCGGUUCGUAUGCAGACAAUUGCUAUGGUGCCGUAUCGACCACAGGGUAUGGGGAGGCAAUACUUCGAUUUUGUUUGGCUCAUGCUGUCGUUAAGGAAAUUGCGAGUGGAAAAACGGCUCAGAGAGCUACUGAAGAUGCCGUAGAAGCGAUGACGAAACAGUUUAAUAAAACUGCAGUUGGGAGAUUCUAAGUCGAUAUCUGUUACCUCGAAUUCUCGUACAUAAUUUGAGACAGAACACACAUUUCGCUAUAGAAAGCUCUUGAUGAGACUCGGCUGGUUUUUAACUUUUUCGGAGAACUUGCGAUAUCGUAAUGUAACGGUAGCAUGGUAGGAGUCAUUUGUUUCUUUCUGUGAUUUGGUAAACUUCCUGGGACGUUAAUUUGCUUAUUGGAAAAGAGAAGAAUUUUGUUUGGGUUGGAAUUUUCUGAAACGUUAAUUUUUAUUAGAGUUAGUUUUUAGUGACGUAACGGAAGCAGACCCCAAAACAGAAGACAAAAUAUUUUUUGCGGAAGCGGACGCAGAAACGGAGGCGGAAGUAUAAAUACUAAAAUAAAAACUAGAAUAAUUGUUGCGGCGAAGUAAAGAAACGAAAGUAGACAAAGACAAAUAAAUCGCGCACGUCUGACGAUUGGCACGAAUGACAAACGCCGCCGUCCCGUUCGCCCAAUCAGAGCGCUCCUUGUCCUGUUUGGUAUACUUUGGUUUUCAAAUUUGCGGAAGCGGAAGCAGAGGUCUGUUGCAUCAGUACUAGUUUUAACCUUAAAGGAGAGGUAUACUGGGUGUCAACGAAUCUAUUAGACAAGGCAUAAUUUCUGGAGUAGGUAGUAGGUGUAUCAAAAUGAGAUUUGGUACAGGUAAAUGGUACAUGAAGAGUUUUCGCAUAUUUUUCUUUUUCCGCUCACUUCCGGUUUCAUCGGAAAUGGUACAGGUUUUGAGUUUUUAAGUGGAGCUCCCUGUGCAUAUUUUUACACAGAGCUGGGCAGAAUACUUUCAAAAAGUACAUAUUUGAAUACCUACUAAAUAGUAAAUACACAAAUCAAAGGUAUUUGAAUACUAAAUACUUUUACGUCCAGCACACGCGAAUACUAGAU